AUUAUUGGAAGGCCAGACGUAAAUAGUCGGCGGCCUUUCUACGGUCUACGUGCCACAGCCAUGAAUCCAAUGUGGCCCUUCUCCGGUACCGUAAUUCCCCUCACCGUAGAGCGUUCAAUUAAGGGAAACUUGCAACCCGGUCAGCGCCUGGAAGUGUACUACGCCGAAGGUACCAUGUGUGGUGUCACGGCGGAUAUGCUGCCAAGGAGGGAAGGGACCUACUUGAUUUCCGGUUUUCACGUUACCAUUCCGGGCUGCAGGAGCCUUGGCUUCCGAUGUCACCUGCCCCCAGAAAUCCAUCUUGUCACGCGUUGCGGUUGGACAGCUCCUCUGCACGACUUGACAAUCACUCAAAUUGCUGGUCUAUUUCUCGGCAUGUACUCCUGUGAUGGAGGCGCCUGUCAGGUGAAACAAUGA